AUGGAAGAAACAAUCCCCUACAACAUGAAAUUACCUACCUUGCCGAUAAUUAAUGGAGAAGGAGACCCGAGGGAUCACACGUCCAGAUUUACUGCAAUCAUAGGCCUCCUAAGCGUCUCAGACGCGAUCUUAUGUCGAGUAUUCCCGACCACCCUGACAGGAACCGCCCAGAGACGGUACAAUAAAUUCAAGCCAAGAUCGAUCAAGAACUUCGCCUCUUUAUCCACAAAAUUUCUCAAUAUAUACCUCACUAACAUCUUGGCCAAAACUACCAUCAGCAUCUUGAGGUCAUGCAUUCAGAAGGAAGGAGACACGUUGAGAAGUUACAUUGAACGAUUCAACAAACAAGCUAUGAAAAUAGACAACCUGAAUGUUGAUAUACCGACCGAAGCGCUGAGAGAUGGAGCGAGAUUCGAAAAAUUGGUGGACAAACUACUGGUCAAUAAGCCAAUCACUUUUUCGAACCUGAUGGUAAUCGCCCAGAAUUACUUUGAGCUGGACAAAGGAUGGAGAGCUAUCAGAGGAAAAGAGGAAAAAGAGAAGGAGUCCAAAAACAGACUGAAAUCAAGAUCGGAAGAUAGGCGGCCGAGGCCUGAGGAAAACAGGCGUUUCGCCCCGCAGUGCAGAUAUGAACCCAGACAUGAUCCCCGAGACGACGAGCCCAACUUCACGCCAUUAAACACAAGCAUGACCAAUGUCCUCAUGGACAAGGGAGAAAAGAGGGACAUGGAUGACAAAGGCAAGGAAAAGGAAGAAGAGAGACCAUCUAAGAUUCUAAAGACGAUACACAUGAUUAAUGGGGGAGGGCAUAACAGCUCAACCAUUCGAAGAAAGCAGAGAAGAGAAGUAAUGAACACUAGAGAAACCCAUAUGCCACCGGUGAUUUUUGAUGUCGAAGAUUAUGAACAUGUGAAAGCACCCCAUAAUGAUGCGUUGUAA